GUUCAUGAAGACAGUUUCUUUCUGUACAAUUUUCAUGAGAAAAUAAAAGAGAAUUCCGCUAUUAAAGUAUUAAGAUAUCAUAACUUUUAUAAUCGUCGUGUGUAUGACUAUAGUUGAAAUGAAUCAAUCAUGUUACUAACUCACAGAUCUGAAUCUAUAUUGCUUCCACUUCCAUUAGGUUUUGUCUAGCUAACAUUUUGUAGUAUUUAGAUCUGUGUCUCUAAACCUUCACAAAGUUGUCAGUCAUACAGUGAAUACACGAAUCUCUAUCUCUCGGCUCUGUGCUACUAAAGUGUGAUAUUGCCACUUAGUGUAAAACUGAUUUGAUUGGUACUAACAAAAGCUAAUAUAAGAUGGCAUUAUUGAAGACACUGAAAGAUCUGUGGUAUAGCAUCUUAAAUAGCUGUGUAACUAUUGAACCUAUCAGGGAGCAGCUUGGUGACUCGAAGAAAGUAGCUUUGGCGAUCAUCUUUUUGACCAAUAUGUUGGAUAACCUAUUGCUGACCUCUGUAGUACCAAUAAUUCCCGCCUUCUUACUGACAUUGGACAAGGAAGACUUUUACAGUACAGCAAGCAAUAGCACAUCCUCCCAUAGGCCUUUGUUGUCCCCCCACGAGAAGCAGGUCUUGCUCACCAUGAAUGAUGAGAGUUUUAAAAGCCACAAAUCCCACGCCAUGUGGGCCAACAUCACUGGGGCUGGACCUAACUGGACAUCCAGCCACCACCAUGGCAGAUUUCCUUUGUCAGCAGCGGCGUUCAGUGAAAAUGGAAGAGUCGGAUGGCUUUUGUCUUCCAAGGCCAUAGUUCAGCUCUUUGCAAAUUGUUUGGUCGGACCUUUAUGUAACAAAUUUGGGUACCCCAUCUUCCUUUUUAGCGGAACAGUCAUUUUAUUGAUGUCCUCAAUAGUAUUUGCAAUAGCUGAGAGUUAUGUACCAUUGUUUAUUGCACGUGCAAUUCAAGGUCUUGGCUCAGCGGCAGCAGUUAUAUCUGGAAUGAGCAUUGUAGCCAACCGUUUCCCCGAGGAUAAAAGCCGAAGUCGUGCUAUGGGCAUUGCUUUGGGAGGAGCAGCUUUGGGAAUCUUGAUUGGUUACCCGUUUGGUGGUAUUAUUUAUUCCUUCAUUGGUAAGACGGUCGUCUUUCUAGUGCUCGGAGGAUUUAUUUUUAUCGACUUAGGUUUACAGUGGUUUGUGUUUGGUUUGAAUGUACACAUUGAAACUUACAGUAAGGUGACACCUGUCUACGUACUUCUGCGAGAUAAGCACAUACUCAUUGCAACAGGUGUCAUUUGUUUAACAACGAUGUCUAUGUCUGUGUUAGAGCCUACAGUACCUUUGUGGGCAAUGAGUUUUAUGAAAGUAAAAAACUGGGAGUUGGGGCUGAUAUUUCUUCCUGAUUCUAUCGGCUAUUUCAUUGGAACCAACUGUUUUGGGGAAGUAUCUCAGCGAAUCGGAAGAUGGUAUUGUUGUGUAUUUUGCAUUUUGUUGAUCGCUCUUUGUCAGAUCUGUUUGCCUUUUGCUACUUCAAUCCCACAACUGAUUCUACCACACUUUGGUCUAGGGUUGGGAUUAGGAAUAACUGACGCAGCAAUCAUGCCACUUCUUGCUCUACUUGUGGAUGUCAAAAACGAGUCUUUCUACGGCUGUGUCUACGCUGUUGCACAGCUGGCUGUAUGUUUGGCAUAUUCUGUGGGACCGUUUGCCGCUGGUAUGAUAAUAAAAGAAGUAGGAUUUCCAUGGCUGAUGCGAGGCAUGGCUAUUCUGAACAUUCUCUUUAGCCCAUUGUGUUUUAUCCUGAGUAAAGCUCCGAUAUCAUUAGACGAAGACAAACCACUGACCAAGUCGGACAUUGAUAAUAAAUACUACACGCAAGAGAAAGAGAUAGACGAAGCAUGUUUCAAAUAUGGCCAUCUAAUUGAAGAUGAUGACUAAUAGGGUCAUUGUACAUGACGUGUAAUGCAUUAUUUAAAAACAACAACAACAAAAAACAACAACAACAACAAACAGUUGUUAUGGACGAUCAAAAGAAAUUCUAAUAACAGAAACUUCAGACAACGCUAGAAUCAUUGUUCUACAGUUGCAAGACUAGCUUUUGAUUUGUUAGUUCGCAUUACCAACAAGCCAUCAAAUAGAAAAACAUAUUUAUUUUAGUUUUUAAGAAAAUCAACGCCCGUGCAAUUUAGAUACUAACACAGGGGUGGGCAACAUUUUGUAUCGAGGGCCGCAUUAAAAAAAGUUUGGGAAUGGCGGGCCGCAUAUAUAUAUUAGAACGAUAAGCUUGCUGUGUAGAAUGUCUUUUAAUUCAUAUAUACACUGUAUUACGAUUUUUUAAAAUUGCUGUUAUCUUUUUAUAUCACUACUUCUUACACUCGUGCAUAAUGUUUCGGAACAGUGAAACUAUCUUACUAGUUGUUACCCCUGUGACUGCUGUCAAAUUACAGUCAGUCAACAUUGACCAGUGAUUAUACUUGUUUAGUUUCCACAAAAUAUGCUUGCUCACUAAUGAGACAAUUUAUGUUUCGGAAUUUAAAUGUCGGGACGAGCGAAGCCUACCCUUGUGGAGCAUCACCAGAGAAUGCUGACCAUGUCCUUCAAUGGUGCAUACUAAAUCAAGGGACCCGAACAAGACUCCCCAAAGACUAUUUUGAGAACUGUCUGAUCUGGAAGCCACUACGCGGUUCAUCUCAGAUAUAGGAUUACUGAUCUGAACCCUCCAACAUGUAAAAUGAGAACGAAGAAGAAGAACUGAUGUAUGUGUACCCAAAUAGUGUGAACAGCAGCAAGGUUUCUUAAGGUGUGGAAAUGCAGCUUCUGGCACCCAUAAUACUCCCGUGGUAGUGCUGACUGGAACUUCUCUUUGCUCUGGAGCUGAAUCGGCUUCUCUUAAUAAGUGUUGUACUUUUCAUUUCGCUGAAGAUAGUUUCACCUUUAAGCAAAAGAAAAUGACAAAACUAUUCCUGUUUCAAGUUUAUGGUUCGCAGUCAAAGAUCGAGCUCCAUCAGUUGUCACACUUGCCAUCUUGUUCCAAGCCUACCCAACACUCAGACAUUGUUUCUUAAAUUGAGUGUAUUGAUGUAUAGCCAAUAAGCAAAAUCUUCGUUUACUGGAAACUUUUAAUAAUGAGACAAUUUCAAUAAUUUAUAUAGAUAUAUUUUUUUAUAAAUAUUUGCAUUUUUAUAUCUAUAUACUGUGGGCACAACUGAUUUCUGUAGGUGUCGGCGGGCCGCAUAAAACACCUCGGCGGGCCGCAUGUGGCCCGCGGGCCGUAAUUUGCCCACCCCUGUACUAACAGAUGUUGCCAAAAUUAUGUGUAUGUUUUUGUUAACUUUAUAUUACCAAAAAUACUACUGCAGCAGAAUUGCAUAAAUUGAGGGAAAAUCCAAUAAUAACAACCUUUGUGGUGUCUCCGGUGAAACGGAAGUAUGGGUAAAGUCAACAUUUUUGUAAAACUAUACAAUAUUUUUUUUUUGCA